GUUUAGUUAUUUAGUCGUUUUCGGGAAGCUCAGCUGUGUGUAUCGUGCUUCGAUAUGGCGAGAUUUUUUGGAAUUUUUCUCCUUACGAUGCAGCUAUUGCAUUUAGUAUUCGGAGCUAACAUUCUGUGUUUAUUCGGCGUCGCUAGUCCAAGCCAUCAUAAUUGGAAUCGCGCAAUUGUUGAUACUCUGGCCGCCAAGGGUCACAAUCUCACAAUAGUUUCAGCAGAUGUGGAGCGAAAUACGCCGGACAACGUUCACUAUAUUGAAUUAGAGGAAACGUACCCGGAACUGUACAGUGGACCUCACAACAUCGAUCUGAUGGAAAUGGCGAAUGAAAAUCUAUUCACAUCCAUUGUUUCAUUUUACAACGAUUUCGUGAUAACCGAAUGCCGCGGCAUUUUGAAGUCGAAAGGAUUGCAAUUCAUCAAAAACUAUCCGGAUGAUUUUACCGUCGAUCUUGUGCUGAAUGAUAUGACCUGUGGGGGCUGCAUGAACGGCCUACUGCAUAAAUUCCACUAUCCGCCAUUGGUUAGCGUAACGGCGUUCAAUAAUCCACCUUACGUCACCGACGUUAUCGGAGGGCACAAAUAUUAUGCUUAUGUACCGUUUUACUCAUUACCCUACGGCACUGAUAUGACAUUCUUUCAGCGAGUCUUGAAUACUCUAUUGUAUAUGACGGACUAUCUAUUUCGCACGAUUAUCAGCAACCCGAAACUAGAUAAAAUGGUCCGUGAAUAUUUCCAGUAUGACGACAUGCCGUACGUACCAGACAUGGAUCGUCUUACCAAGGUCAUUCUGGUUAAUGCUCAUUAUUCAAUUGACUUCCCGGAGCCGGCACCACCAAAUUUAAUACCGGUCGGUGGUCUUCAAAUCAAAGAGCCAAAACCAUUACCGAAAGAUUUGGAGAAUUUCAUUCUCGCAGGCAAAAAUGGAGCCGUACUUUUCUCCUUGGGAUCCAAUAUUCAAAGCGAUGAGUUGGGCAGUGAACGGCAGCAAAUGUUUAUUGAUGCUAUGCGCCAAAUUCCGGAUUAUAACUUUUUGUGGAAAUUCGAAUCCAAUCUAAAUCUGAAGUUGCCGCAAAAUGUCAUCAUUCGAAAGUGGUUACCACAAAAUGACAUUUUGGGUCAUCCUAAUGUGAAGGGAUUUAUCACUCAUGCCGGGUUGCUAAGUACGCACGAGGCCACCUGGUAUGGCGUUCCAAUGAUUGGAAUACCAUUCAUUGCCGAUCAAUAUCGGAACAUAGAACGUUGCAUCCGUAUGGGCGUGGCAGAGCGAAUCAACCUGCAAACACUGUCGUCCGAGCAAAUCCGCGAUACCGUGCGAAAAGUACUGGACACUCCCGGCUACCGCGAUAAAAUGGUAAAGGUAUCUGCCCUCUUCCGCGAUCAACCGGAGAAGCCGAUUGAUCGAGCUGUUUGGUGGAUAGAGUGGACUCUCCGACAUCCGGAUUUGGAUAGCUUGCAGUCACCGGUUUUGAAUUUAGGAUUUCUCAGGAGCAAUCUAGUGGAUGUUAUUGCAUUUUUGGUACUAGUACCUGUAAUUUUGGUGCUAUGUUUGAAAAAGCUGGUUCUUGCUAAACGAAAAGUAGAUCAUGAGAAAAAGAUAAAAUAAAACGUUUGUUUAAAACUCAAACCUUCAUAUCUCUCAAUAAAAUCAUCGAACAUA